AUGUUGUUAGCCACCGGUGAUCACAAAGGAAGGAACGAUGAGCAAUCGCAAAAAGUGAGGGCGUUUACCAGACGGCAUGAUUAUCAUUUGCCAAAAACUGCAAAGGAACCAGGAUACUGGUUUAAACAGCGUGGCUAUACAGAUCCUUCGUUUGAUCGUCGGCAAGCAACAACAACUGGACAUAUGUUAAAUCAAGUAUAUCAAAGUAAUUCAUUUAAAGAAAACACAAUUACUCCAUUCCUACAAGAUAAAUCUAAUACUAAGAAGGAAUAUUCUAACCGAUGUAGUGAACAUGACAAUCGAAACACAAUACAAAUGUAUGGCGAAUACUUUGGCCAGGGUUGUGGUAAACGUUUAAUGCCCAAUAAUGUAUUUCGUAGUAGACAUAGUUUUCUUGAACAUAAUCCAGAAUAUGUUCGUGCAACUAAAAGUGUCUCCCAUCAUGAUUAUCGUGGAUUGCAGUUACCCGAAUAUUUAAUUUAUUGUGCAAAUAAAAAUAAAAUGAAUAAAAAUAAAUCAAAUAAUAUUUUGAAAGAAUUCAAUGUGAAUGAUAAUGAAUCAACUCCAACUGAAUUACUCUAUCGAAAUGAGUAUCGAAAGCUACCGGCUUAUCCAUGGAAAUACCAUUAUCGUACAUUAUCACGUGCUUAUCCAUUGGUGCCGGGUGUGAAAAGAAAUGAAGAAGAUUUAAUAAAUUAA